AUGAUAGCUAUAUUAUCUAUACUAUUAAUAUUUUAUAUGAGUAAAAAUAAUUUAAUAACGUUAUUAAUAGCUAUAGAAAUCUUAUUAUUAAUGGUAACUAUUAAAAUAAUCUAUAUAGGUAAUCUAUAUGAUGAUAUAUAUGCUACUAUAUUUGGUAUAGUAAUCAUAUUGUUAGCCGGUGCUGAAUCAGCUAUAGGUUUAAGUAUAUUAGUAUCUUAUUAUAAAUUAAGAGGUAAAAUAGUACAAAGUAUUUAA